AAAGUUAUCGUAAUGUUUCCGUUUCUUGUUGUUGUUUUUGUAACUGUUGUGGCAUGCCAGGCGAAUCUUGCAGUCAAUCAGCCGGUUGUAUGUGGUCCCAUGCCUAAGGAAGUGUAUUCUUGCCUCGGUGCGCCAAAAGUUGUAAAACUGGAAGUAGCCAGGCAGUGUGAGAAGGAUUUGUCUGAGUGCGAAAGAAUGACAUGCUUGUUCAAUAAGUCCGGUUGGAUGAAAGCCGAUGGGAUUGACAAGGAGAAAUUGUCGGCCCACUUUGACCAGCUUGCGAAGGAUUACCCUGAAUGGGAGCCAGCGGUGCAGAGCGCGAAAGCGAUGUGCCUAACCGAUGAUCUGCCAGCGCAGGGGAUUCACCUAAACUGCCCAGCCUAUGAUGCUAUGACGUGCAGUUUUGCAAGCUUCAUUAAGAACACGCAGCCGUCACAGUGGUCCUUAUUGCCGGAAUGCACGUCAUCCCGUCAGUUCGCGGCCGCCUGUCCCGUCUGCCCGUCGGACUGCUUCGCCCCGGUCGUACCUAUCGGUUCAUGUAACGCUUGUCAGAGCCUGCAGAGAUCACCUUGAUUUAAAA